CCCGCAGUUUCUGUCCAACAGCCCCCGAGUACGGUUCAAGUUUUGUCAGCUCAGCUCAGUCUUAAGUAAAUUCAGUGUAAAUCGUUCGAAACCAACCUAGACAGGCAAUUGGCCAUAAAUAAAUCGGGAAACCUCUAAGAGACUUGAGAGACCGACACUUCAAAGCAGCUGUCUGUCACUUGAACCCAAUCAACGAAUCGAAUCAACGAAAUAAUAAAUCAUCCACGAAUCAACAACGAAAACAGCAAUUUGAAAUCUUCGAGUGUCUUUUCGGUGAACAGAUGUUUUGAAAACUCACCGAAAACCGCCACAUAUCCUGGCAAGGACUGUCAACCUCCGGCCAAAGUGAAGUUUUUUAUUGUGAAAAAAAAAAAUAAAUAGAGAAUCCAGCAAUCCAACGAAAUCCAGUGGAGUUACUGCAGAUAGAAUAUUAGUUUGUGCAAGUCGGUUUCAGGAAGAAAAAGUUCAAGGAGCAGGGACCCUGCGCCCGUACCCGAAAGAUACGAUCCCUGAAUAUGGGCGGGACUGUGGAGCAGCGACCUUGGACCCCGACUGUCCGUAUUGGCAAGAUUGCCGCCGAAACUACUAAUCCUGGACCGGCUAUUGUCACGCUUCCAACUUUGAUUGGCAGCAAAGUGCCCGAUUCUAAAAAGAAAGCGGCUCCUUCGUAUUCCUUUGGUCACAAGUUGGGUAACAAAUACGACACCUUUGGCCCGGGUCCAGCCCAAUACAAUGUUACAGGUCUGAGGGCCAAGGGAAGGGACUAUCCAAGGGCUGCCACCCUGCAAAGUCGACCCAAGGAACUGACCCGCUUCCAAAAUCCAGGACCAGGCGAAUACGAUGUUCUGCAUGCGGCCAAGGCGGCUAUGGAUGCCCCUCCAAGAUAUACCUUUGGCCAGAAACCCGCGACCCUCAAGUCCUUCCAGAUACCAGGUCCCAAUCAUUAUCAAGUGGUGCCACUUGAUGUCGUCAAGCGGCGAGCCCCUCGAUAUUCCUUUCGCAUUAAAGUUAACGUCUACAUUGUUGACAAUCCAGCUCCGAAUAGCUAUUGCCCUGAAAAGGUCACGCAAUCAAAAAAGAAUGCGCCACGCUACACUUUUGGUAGACGAACUAAAAUCCAACACGACCAGGGCACACCAGCUCCUGGCGCCUAUUGUCCUGAGAAGGUGAAGCUCAAUAAGACGCCAGAGUUUAGUUUUGGCAUCAAACACCAUGAACUGCGACCGGACUACACACCAGCGCCGGGCACUUACAAGCCCGAGCAGGUUAGCCUCGAACACAAUCCCGCCUAUAGUUUUGGCAUAAAAACCAAACACAUUCAGGUCAGCGACACCCCAGCACCCGGUGCUUACAGUCCCGAAAAAUCAAAGUUACACUCCACACCCGCGUACUCGAUCACAGGCAAGGCUUCUCAUGAUGUUGUAGAUUGCACGCCUGCACCCGGCGCAUACGAACCAGAAAAGUGUGUGCUGAGCAAGACGCCCGCCUUUAGCUUCGGCCACCGCGUGGAGCUCGCCAAGGCCAGCGACACCCCCGCCCCGGGCACCUACCAGCCCGAGAAGGUGCGGCUGGACAGCACGCCGGCCUUCACCCUCUCCGGCCGCCACGAAAUCAAGGCGGUGAGCGAGACCCCAGCGCCCGGUUCGUAUGCCCCGGAAAAGUAUCGCAACGAUCGCACGCCCGCCUUCACCUUCGGCGGUAAGAACGAGCAGCGGCUCGAGAGCUCCACUCCGGCACCUGGCGACUACCAUCCAGAAAAAGUCCGGCACGAUCACAAUCCUGCUUUCUCAUUCGCCGGUCGCCACGAUUUGCACAAAAUAAGCGAGACACCAGCCCCCGGGGACUACCACCCGGAAAAGGUAAGGCAGGACCACAACCCAGCCUUCUCCUUCGCCGGACGUCACGAUCUGCAGAAGCCCGAAAAUACCCCAGCUCCCGGGGCCUACUCCCCGGAGAAAGUCCGCCAAGAUCACAAUCCUGCAUUUUCGAUGGCUGGGAAGCACACCCAGAAGGUGUCCAGCGAUACUCCUGCUCCUGGGGAUUACUGUCCCGAAAAGGUUAGAUUAGAUCAUACUCCUGCUUACACCUUUGGAGGAAAGAAUGAUCCUAAAGUGGAGAACAAUACUCCCGCUCCAGGGGAUUACUGCCCUGAGAAGGUCAGACAAGAUCACAAUCCUGCUUUCUCGUUCGCUGGUCGUCAUGACCUCCACAAACCUGACAGCAAUCCUGCUCCAGGAGCUUACUCCCCGGAGAAAGUCCGUCAGGAUCACAAUCCUGCAUUUUCGAUGGCUGGGAAGCACACCCAGAAGGUCUCCAGCGAUACUCCUGCUCCCGGGGAUUACUGUCCCGAAAAGGUUAGAUUAGACCACACUCCUGCUUACACCUUUGGAGGAAAGAAUGAUCCUAAAGUGGAGAACAAUACCCCUGCUCCUGGUGACUAUCAUCCAGAAAAAGUCAGACAAGAUCACAAUCCAGCUUUCUCGUUUGGUGGUCGACACGACCUUCACAAACCUGACAAUAAUCCUGCUCCUGGAGCUUACUCCCCGGAGAAAGUCCGUCAGGAUCACAAUCCUGCUUUUUCAAUGGCUGGAAAGUAUAUUCAAAGGGUUUCAAGCGAUACUCCAGCUCCUGGUGAUUAUUGUCCCGAAAAGGUUAGAUUAGAUCACACUCCCGCUUACACCUUUGGAGGAAAGAAUGAUCCUAAAGUGGAGAAUAAUACCCCCGCCCCUGGGGAUUACCAUCCCGAAAAGGUGAGACAGGAUCACAACCCUGCUUUCUCAUUCGCUGGACGCCACGAUCUCUAUAAACCCAAUGAAACUCCCGCUCCAGGAGCCUAUUCUCCAGAGAAAGUCAGACAAGAUCACAAUCCUGCAUUUUCGAUGGCUGGAAAGCACACCCAGAAGGUGUCCAGCGAUACUCCUGCUCCCGGUGAUUACUGUCCCGAAAAGGUUAGACUAGACCACACUCCUGCCUAUACUUUUGGAGGAAAGAAUGAUCCUAAAGUGGAGAACAAUACCCCUGCUCCUGGUGACUAUCAUCCAGAAAAAGUCAGACAAGAUCAUAAUCCCGCUUUCUCGUUCGCUGGUCGACACGACCUCCACAAGCCAGAUAGCAAUCCCGCUCCUGGAGCUUACUUCCCGGAGAAAGUCCGCCAAGAUCACAAUCCUGCAUUUUCGAUGGCUGGAAAGCACACCCAGAAGGUGUCCAGCGAUACUCCUGCUCCCGGUGAUUACUGUCCCGAAAAGGUUAGAUUAGACCACACUCCUGCCUAUACUUUUGGAGGAAAGAAUGAUCCUAAAGUGGAGAACAAUACCCCUGCUCCUGGGGAUUACCAUCCAGAAAAGGUCAGACAGGAUCACAAUCCGGCUUUCUCAUUCGCUGGACGCCACGAUCUCUAUAAACCUAAUGAAACUCCCGCUCCAGGAGCCUACUCCCCGGAGAAAGUCCGCCAAGAUCACAAUCCUGCUUUUUCGAUGGCUGGAAAGCACACACAGAAGGUGUCCAGUGAUACUCCUGCCCCAGGAGAUUACUGCCCCGAAAAAGUUAGAUUAGACCACACUCCUGCCUAUACUUUUGGGGAAAAGAAUGACCUCAAAAUUGAAAACUACACUCCUGCUCCUGGGGAGUACUCUCCAGAGAAGGUAAGACAAGAUCACAAUCCGGCUUUCUCGUUCGGAGGUCGACACGACCUCCACAAACCUAACAGCAAUCCUGCUCCUGGAGCUUACUCUCCGGAGAAAGUUAGACAAGACCACAAUCCAGCUUUUUCGAUGGCUGGAAAGUACAUUCAAAAGGUGUCCAGUGAUACCCCUGCUCCUGGUGAUUACUGUCCCGAAAAGGUUAGGUUAGACCACACUCCCGCUUAUACUUUUGGGGGAAAGAACGACCUAAAAAUCGAUAACCACACACCGGCUCCUGGUGACUAUCAUCCGGAAAAAGUAAGGCAGGAUCACAACCCCGCUUUCUCAUUCGCUGGACGCCACGAUCUACAUAAACCCAAUGACACCCCGGCUCCUGGGGCAUACGCUCCGGAGAAGGUUCGCCAAGAUCACAACCCAGCUUUCAGCUUUGGCGGCAAGUACGACCCCAAGGCGGAAGUGACUCAUCCUGCGCCAUGCGACUACGCCCCCGAGAGAGUUCGCCUCGACCAUACACCCGCCUACACCAUUGCAGGUCGUCCGACCGCCGAGCCGGUGAGCCAGACCCCGGCUCCGUGCGACUACCAUCCGGAGCAGUGUCAUGUGGACAGCACCCCUGCCUUUACCUUUGGCAUGCGACUGGGAAGAGAACUCGUCUCUGAUACACCAGCACCCUCUGCAUACGAGCCUGAAAAGCACUCCCUGCACUCAACACCGGCCUUCACCUUCGGCACAAAGUCGGAGAUCCGAGUGGCCUCCGAUGCCCCAGCCCCCGGCCAUUACCAUCCCGAGCAGUGCAAGCUGGACAGCUCCCCGGCUUACAGUUUUGGCCUAAAAACGGCUCCGUUGCCAAACCUUCCAGAGCCAAAGGGCGCUUACAUCGAAGAUCGAAUUGUCCAAAGACGCGAGCGUCGUCUGGCCAGUCCCGUACGCAACAACGGUGACUGCACCAGCACCACCACAACCACAAAUAAUAGCCAAAACAAUGCAAAUGGUAGCAGCAGCACAACCACAACUACAACCACCACGACAACCACAAAGACCUUUAUCAACGGCGUGGAGCAACCGGAUCUGGUGCAAAAGCAAACAAAGCAAAGCACCAAAAAGCAGGUGAAUGGCGUCGCCCACAAUGAGCUCAAGUCAGCAGCCCUUAGCAAUGGGAACCACUCGAAGGUGGUCAGCACCACCACUACAGAGAAGCAGGUGGUGCACGGCGAAAAGAUGAGCGAUAACAUGAAAGUAGUGGCCAGCGGUAAGUCGGACGCCAGUGCCACCAAGACGGCCGCCGUGAGCCAUCAGACGGUGGUGCGCUCCGAUGGCGCCAUUGUGUCUAGUAACCAGUCUUCGAGGAUGCAGACGGUCAAGUACGCUGUGGAGGCGAGCAGCGUACAGGAGAAGAUCAUCAGCUCCUAACGUCUACAAAAUACCAACCGUCAUGGGCAGCAGCAAGGAAGGAAAGAUCAAAUCGGCUCCGGCUUACACGAUGACCGGACGCGAAAA